AUAUUAUAACAAAAUAUAACAAGCGACGUGUGUAUUUUCUAUUAAAUUCCUCGAUAAUCUUAGUUUCUGAUCGGGCGUCAAACAAUCAAAUCGAGGUGCUGGGUAUUUUUGUAUACUGUCAGUGAACGCCACAGAAGAAAAUGGCGGCUCCCAGUGGAAGGAUGGCGAGUCUGUCGCUGCGGCAUUAUCUGUCCCGUUUGGUCGGGAAGCCGGUCGGAUUUUGUGCCGGUCGUCAGUUUUCCAACAACAGUUGCCUUCGCGGGUUGAGCUUACAGAGCAAAAUCACAACAGAAGGGUUGCGCUCUCCGUGGACUCUGAUGGCCGCGGUGUGUUUGCAGCGGCUGCCUGUCAUCUCGGCUGACCGCAGCCCCACCGAGCAGCUGUUUGGACGUAUGCUGUCGGAGAUGGAGCUGGAGAAAAGCAUCUUGUCGGACCAUGAACUGAGGCUGCACGAAGACGCGGAGAGACUGCGUCGCAAGCAGGCGGACGGCUAUGACUCCGACGACGAGGACUACCGCAAGGACCAGGACAUCGUGCUUGCACAGGACCUGGAGGAUUCCUGGGAGCAGAAGCUGAAGAGUUUCCAGCCGGCGCCCAGGGUCGUCGGUGAAGUGGAUCAGGACCUGACCUCGAUGGAGCGCUACAUGGCCGACUCGCUGGUUCUGGUGGCCGAGCAGCAGGUGGGAAGCGAGAGGCUGUGGAUGCUGCCUCAGGCCGAGUGGCGGGAAGGAGAGACCCUGCGACACACGGCCGAGAGAGUGCUGGCCCCCCUGCCAGCCGCCGCCCACAAGGCGACCUUCCUGGGCAACGCCCCCUGCGGCUUCUACAAGUACAAGCUGCCCAAAGCCGCCCGAACCGACAGCUCCGUGGGGGUCAAGAUCUUCUUCUUCAAAGCCGUCCUGCCCCACGGCGCCGUCCUCUGGCCUUCAAACGGCGCCCUCAUGUGGCUGAGGAAACAGGAACUGCAGCGCUUCCUGAGGCCGGCCUACAGUGUGAAGGUGGAGCGCUUCUUUCUCGGCCGCUGACAUCCAACAGGAGAGACGGGAUCGGGGUCAGAGCAACGUGACAGGAAAUACGCUCAUGAGUUGUGCAGGCGUACCUAAUAUAGUGUCUAUAGUGUCUAUGUUCUCUUCUAUUGUUUCACUGUAUAAAUAAAUGUGACAUUUUUUCCACAUACUGUAUUGUAUGCAU